AUGUCAUUCAGUGGAUAUGUUCCAACAUUUAAGGAGCGAAAUUCAUUUGCAACACGGGCAAAUGAUGCUGCAGAGGCAAGACAACAACAGCCGAAUAAGAUUCCAGUCGUAAUCGAGCGAUUUGAAGGCGAAAAAUAUUUGCCACUUCUAGAUCGUUGUAAAUUUCUAGUACCCGAUCAUAUCACAAUCGCUGAACUGAUGCAAAUAGUGCGAAGGCGACUGCAGCUCCAUCCUGAUCAAACGUUUUUCCUGCUAGUCAAUGAAAAAUCCAUGGUUUCAAAUAGUAUGAAUAUGUAUCAGCUAUAUCAGCAGGAAGUUGAUGAAGACGGUUUUCUUUACAUGGUUUACACAAGUCAACCAGCUUUUGGAAUUGUCAAAUGUGAUUAA